AUGGUGAUGAUCUUAACCAAAACUCGGGAAAGCAAAGGUGCUGACUCUGUAACAUGCAGGACUGAGCUGCACACUCCAAAGAUGAGUCAAGGACCUACCCUCUUCUCUUGUGGCGUGAUGGAAAAUGACAGAUGGAGAGAUCUCAGCAGGAAAUUUCCACUCCAGCUCGAGCAGCCGGGCACCAGCAUCUGGGACUGCUUGUCGGACAAGGGCGAGGAUGGCUCGCGCUGGCCCAGGGACGCGGCCAGCACCUGCUCCAUCACCAACCUCAUCAAAGACCUCAGCCUCAGCGACCCCCACGGCAACGCCUCCUCGGCUCCCCCCAGCAAGCGCCAGUGCCGCUCCCUCUCCUUCUCGGAUGAGAUGUCCAGCUGCGGGACCUCCUGGAGACCCUUGGGCUCCAAGGUGUGGACCCCGGUGGAGAAGCGGCGAUGCUACAGCGGGGGCAGCGUGCAGCGCUACUCCAACGGCUGCACCACCGUGCAGAGGAGCUCCAGCUUCAGCCUCCCCUCGCGAUCCCACCCUUUCUCCUGCGAGCAUCGGAGCACUGCGCCGUCGGCGCGCAGCACGCCCGCCUCCACGCCCCAGCUGGGCCGGCGUGCCGGGGGGCUCUCCCGGAGCCGCUCGCAGCCCUGCGUCCUCAACGACAAGAAGGUCGGCGUCAAGCGCCGGAGGCCGGAGGAGGUGCAGGAGGAGAGGCCCUCGCUGGACCUCGCCAAGAUGACCCAGAACCGCGAGACAUUCAACAGCCUGACCAGCCUUAGUGCCGGGGCCGAGGAUGGUGCCCAGCGGCUCCCCGGCCCCCAGCCAUGGACCACGGCCCCCAGCUCCCCGGAGGUGAUGCCGGGCAGGACCCCUGCCUGCACCCCAGUGCCAGAGCCACCACCUUCCCGAGCUGAGGAGUGCCGGACCAGCCGGGAUGACCUCUCCUGUGAGGAGGAGGAGGAGGGCGGCGGGAAGGAGGAGGGCGGGAUGGCGUGGCGAAGCGGCGGGACGAGCGCCGAGAGCGUGUUCCAGCUGGAUGGAGAGAUAGACAUCGAGCAGAUAGAAAACAACUGA